UUUCACUUUCCUGAAUCUGGUGGCGCAGGUUGUUGUGUCCGUGUGAAGCUCCGUGUGAAGUUCUCAGAGAAGGUAUUGUUCUACACCUGAACCCAGUGGUGUGUCCUUUAAGAACAACGAUUUAAAGAAGAAUCUUGAAAAAAUGACAUCCUGGAUAUUCCCUCGAGCUACAUCUGAACCGGUGCAACAAAAAGAAGAAGCUCCCCCAACAAGCCAUUUGCUGACACUAGAUGUUCCUGGAUCUGAAUCCAGCAGUGUGUCCUUAAAGAGUGACGAUUCAAAGGAGCUGGAUAUUAAUUUUAAAGCAGGUGUUCCUCCUCCUGCAGAGAGAGUGGAUCAGGAGAGCUCAGAGGUUCCCAGUGAUCAGUCUGCCCAGGAGCAUCAAACACAGCUGGAUUCUGUAUUUACGGUGCUGGAGGACAAGAUCAUCAUUUUUGUGAAGAACGAGUUGAAGAAGAUCGAAAAGGUUCUAAGUGUAGAUUAUCCAGAAUGCUUAGACAUUCAGAAAGAAGAUGGAGAGUUGUUGGAAGAUGAGGAUAAGGAGCAGAGGAAAAGCAGCAAAGAGGCAUUUCUGAAGAUCACACUCCAAUUUCUGAGGAUUAUGAAGCAGGAGGAGCUGGCUGACCGUCUACAGAAGAGACAUCUUGCUGCAGUUUGUCAACAAAAACUCAAAUCCACCCUGAAGAAGAAGUUCCAGUGUGUGUUUGAGGGGAUCGCUAAAGCAGGAAACCCAACCCUUCUGAAUCAGAUCUACACAGAGCUCUACAUCACAGAGGGAGGGGCUGCAGAGGUCAAUGAUGAACAUGAGGUCAGACAGAUUGAAACAGCAUCCAGGAAACCAGACAGACCAGAAACACCAAUCAGACAAGAAGACAUCUUUAAAGGCUCACCUGGAAGAGAUGAACCAAUCAGAACAGUGCUGACAAAGGGAGUGGCUGGCAUUGGGAAAACAGUCUUAACACAGAAGUUCACUCUGGACUGGGCUGAGGACAAAGCCAACCAGGACAUCCAGUUCAUGUUUCCAUUCACUUUCAGAGAGCUGAAUAUGCUGAAAGAGAAAAAGUUCAGCUUGGUGGAACUUGUUCAUCACUUCUUCACUGAAACCAAAGAAGCAGGAAUCUGCAGCUUUGAAGACUUCCAGGUUGUGUUCAUCUUUGAUGGUCUGGAUGAGUGUCGACUUCCUCUGGACUUCCACAACACUGAGAUCCUGGCUGAUGUUACAGAGUCCACCUCAGUGGAUGUGCUUCUGACAAACCUCAUCAGGGGGAACCUGCUUCCCUCUGCUCACCUCUGGAUAACCACACGACCUGCAGCAGCCAAUCAGAUCUCUGCUCAGUGUGUUGACAUGGUAACGGAGAUUAAAGGGUUCACUGACGCACAAAAGAAGAAGUACUUCGAUAAGAGAUUUAAUGAUGAAAAGCAAACCAGCUUGAUCAUCUCCCACAUCAAGACAUCACGAAGCCUCCACAUCAUGUGCCACAUCCCAGUCUUCUGCUGGAUCACUGCUACAGUUCUGGAGGAUGUGCUGAAGACCAGAGAAAGAGGAGAGCUGCCCAAGACCCUGACUGAGAUGUACAUCCACUUCCUGGUGGUUCAGGCCAAAGUGAAGAAGGUCAAGUAUGAUGGAGGAGCUGAGACAGAUCCACACUGGAGUCCAGAGAGCAGGAAGAUGAUUGAGUCUCUGGGAAAACUGGCUUUUGAUCAGCUGCAGAAAGGAAACCUGAUCUUCUAUGAAUCAGACCUGACAGAGUGUGGCAUCGAUAUCAGAGCAGCCUCAGUGUACUCAGGAGUGUUCACACAGAUCUUUAAAGAGGAGAGAGGGCUGUACCAGGACAAGGUGUUCUGCUUCAUCCAUCUGAGUGUUCAGGAGUUUCUGGCUGCUCUUCAUGUCCAUCUGACCUUCAUCAACUCUGGACUCAAUCUGCUGGAAGAACAACAAUCAACCUCCCACACAGAGCAACACUUCUACCAGAGUGCUGUGAACAAGGCCUUACAGAGUCCAAAUGGACACCUGGACUUGUUCCUCCGCUUCCUCCUGGGUCUUUCUCUGCAGACCAAUCAGAGUCUCCUACGAGGUCUGCUGACAGAGACAGGAAGUAGCUCACAGACCAAUCAGGAAACAGUCCAGUACAUCAAGGAGAACCUCAAUGAGAAUCUGUCUGCAGAGAAAAGCAUCAACCUGUUCCACUGUCUGAAUGAACUGAAUGAUCGUUCUCUAGUGGAGGAGAUCCAACAGUCCCUGAGAUCAGGAAGUCUCUCCACAGAUAAACUGUCUCCUGCUCAGUGGUCAGCUCUGGUCUUCAUCUUACUGUCAUCAGAAGAAGAUCUGGAUGUGUUUGACCUGAAGAAAUACUCUGCUUCAGAGGAGGCUCUGCUGAGGCUGCUGCCAGUGGUCAAAGCCUCCAACAAAGCUCUACUUGGUAUAUGUAACCUCUCAGAGAGAAGCUGUGAAGCUCUGUCCUCAGUUCUCAGCUCCCAGUCCUCUAAUCUAAGAGAACUUCUCCUGAGUAACAACGAGCUGCAGGAUUCAGGUGUGAAGCUGCUGUUGUCUGGUUUGGAGAGUCAACACUGUAAAUUGGAAACUCUCAGUCUCUCAGGCUGUAUGAUUUCAGAGGAAGGCUGUGCAUCUCUUGUCUCAGCUCUGACCUCCAACCCCACAUAUCUGAGAGAGUUGGACCUGAGCUACAAUAAUCCAGGAGACUCAGCAUUGAAGGCUCUUUCUGCUGGACUGAAGGAUCCACACUGGAAACUGGACAGUCUCAGGGCGGAGCCUGCUGGAGCCCGAUGGCUGAUCCCAGGUCUGAGGAAGUAUUCCUGUCAACUCACAAUCGACACAAACACAGUCUACAGAUACCUCAAACUGUCUGACAACAACAGGAAGGUGACACAUGUGAAGAAGGUUCAGUCAUAUCCUGAUCAUCCAGACAGGUUUGAUUGUUUUCAGCUGCUGUGUAGAGAUGGUCUGACUGGUCGCUGUUACUGGGAGGUCGAGUGGGAAAGAGAAGUUGAUAUUUCAGUGAGUUACAGAAGAAUCAGAAGGAAAGGAGGCAGUGACUGUGAAUUUGGAUCCAAUGAUCAGUCCUGGAGUUUGAGCUGCUCUGGUGAACAAAACUACUCUGUAAAACACAACAACAGAGAAACAUCCAUCUCCUCCUCCUCCUCCUCCUCCUCCUCCUCCUCCUCCUCUGGCUCUAACAGAGUAGCAGUGUAUGUGGACUGUCCUGCUGGCACUCUGUCCUUCUACAGAGUCUCCUCUGACACUCUGAUCCACCUACACACCUUCAACACCACAUUCACUGAACCUCUUUAUCCUGGAUUUACAGUCUGGUCUCGUGGUUCCUCAGUGAGUCUGUGUGUAGUUCAGGAGUAGCUUCAUGGAUUCAAUCAGUUGAUGUUUGAAACUGUUCUCAAUGAUUCCUUGUAAACUUCUUCCUCCUUUAAAGAUGGAAGCUGCCAUUAUUC